CUUCGGAGUCCAGGCCACCUAGCUCUGACACAAGUGUUCCUGCUGAAAGGAAAGGUCACCCUGACAGAACAGCAACUUGGACGCAGCGCAGCCGUGGCACUGCACGCGCACGCACAGCACAACACAACACACAGCCGGCCGGGGGCGUCGUCGCUGUAUCUAACCGCAUUAACGCUGCCCUGCGGACGCAAGUACAGUGCGGGGGUAGCGCUAAAAUAUUCACCGGAAUGGAAGGGAAAGAGGGCCGGCCGGCCGGCAUCUACACAUACCCACCCCCACUCCCUGAUCCGGAGGCACUCACUCACUCGCAUCACUGACUGACUGGACUGCUGCUCACUCCUUCCUUCCUUCCCCUGGCAGAGAAUCUGCAGUGCUUGCCGGCCGGCCCGUCCCUGCCCUGCAGAGCGCGGGGAUCUGCAGGCAUCAUGGUGCAAUCAAAGAAGAAGUUCCGCGGCGUCAGGCAGCGCCACUGGGGCUCCUGGGUCUCCGAGAUCAGGCACCCGCUGCUUAAGAGGAGGGUGUGGCUGGGCACCUUCGAGACGGCAGAGGAGGCGGCGCGGGCGUACGACGAGGCCGCCGUCCUCAUGAGCGGCCGCAACGCCAAGACCAACUUCCCCGUGCCAAGGAGCGGCACCGGGGAGCUGCUGGCCCCUGCAGUGCCGGCCGCACGGGAGGCGCGUGGUGGCGGCGGCGGCGGCACCAGCCUGUCGCAGAUCCUCAGCGCCAAGCUCCGCAGGUGCUGCAAGACGCCGUCGCCGUCGCUCACCUGCCUCCGCCUCGACCCGGAGAAGUCCCACAUUGGCGUCUGGCAGAAGCGCGCCGGCGCGCGCGCCGACUCCAGCUGGGUCAUGACCGUCGAGCUCAGCAAGGACGCGCCGCCGCCGCCGUCCUCCGGCGAGGAGCCCGCGCCCAGCUACGGCGGCGCGGCCACCACGCCCACGUCGUCCACUGUCACGGCCGGGUCGCCUCCACCUGAGAUGAUGGAUGACGAGGAGAGUGUUGCGCUGCAGAUGAUCGAGGAGCUGCUGGGAUCACAUGGGAUGAUGCUCCAGGGUGCAGCAGGCAGCCUCGUCAUCUGAAGGAAACCGCAUGGUUCUACAAGCUAUUAUGAUAUGAUCAGGACAUCAUCAUCAGGUCACUGUCCCAGAUCAGACCAAGCAGUUAAGAUUGCAUCAUAUAUAUAUAAUAUAUAUAGGUACACCUCUAUUACUACAUCAAGCUUAGGAAAAAACCAUAUAGUAAGAUGAAUCACUACUGUGUGAAGCUCUGUAAUUAUAUAUAUUAAAGGCUUUUACUUGUAUAAGCAUAUGCAGACCCACAGUCAUGGUAGUCACACUGUAAUACCACCCCUUUAUUUGUUAUGUAUCAACAAUAUAAUAUCAGGCUAUAUAUAUAUCAGCAUCAGCGGGCCGGUGUUAUUGUGUUUGGCCAUGCAUUAUAUU